CAGAUUCCAAGAUGCUACGAGUACAGAGGAUCAGACUUGGCCUAGUAGGGUUCCGACCCGGCUUCAGGUCUCACCACAAAGCAGUGAUGGCGGUGAGGAGGGAGGAUGUGAACGCCUGGGAGAGAAGGGCCCCACUGGCUCCCAGGCACAUCAAGAACAUCACUAAUAUGGGAUACAAGGUCUUAAUCCAACCUUCUAAUCGGCGGGCCAUUCACGAUAAGGAAUAUGUCAAAGCUGGUGGUAUUCUUCAAGAGGAUAUUUCUGAAGCUUGUCUGAUUUUGGGUGUUAAAAGACCCCCAGAGGAAAAAUUAAUAUCCAAAAAGACUUAUGCAUUCUUCUCCCACACAAUAAAGGCUCAAGAGGCAAAUAUGGGCUUGUUGGAUGAGAUGCUAAAACAGGAAAUCCGUCUUAUUGAUUAUGAAAAAAUGGUGAAUCCUAAAGGAGUCCGCGUGGUGGCCUUUGGGAAGUGGGCAGGUGUGGCAGGGAUGAUUGACAUUUUACAUGGAAUGGGGUUGAGACUCCUUGCUUUGGGGCACCACACACCUUUCAUGCACAUUGGCAUGGCUCAUAACUACAGGAGCAAGAGUCAGGCUGUGCAGGCCGUCCGCGAUGCUGGUUACCAGAUAUCUCUGGGGCUGAUGCCAAAGUCAAUAGGUCCCUUAACCUUUGUGUUCACAGGCACCGGUAAUGUAUCUCAGGGAGCCCAAGAAAUCUUCAAAGAACUACCCUGUGAAUAUGUGGAGCCACAUGAAUUAAAAGAAGUUUCCCAAGCUGGAGACCUGAGAAAAGUGUAUGGGACGGUGUUAAGUCGCCAUCAUCAUCUUGUCAGGAAAACAGAUGGUGUGUAUGAUCCUGUAGAGUAUGACAAAUACCCUGAGCGCUACAUAAGUCGUUUUAGUAUUGAUAUUGCACCCUAUACGAGUUGUUUAAUUAAUGGUAUCUAUUGGGAACAAAAUGUCCCUCGUCUGCUCACCCGUCAAGAUCUUCAGAAUCUACUGGCUCCAGGCAAGUCGUCAGGUGUUGGUGUUGAAGGCUGCCCUGCAUUACCACACAAACUUGUGGCCAUAUGUGACAUUUCAGCUGACCCAGAAGGUUCUAUAGAGUUUAUGACUAAGUGCACCACCAUAGACCACCCCUUUUGCAUGUAUGAUGCAGAUCAGCAUGUUCGUAACAGUAUUCAAGGCUCUGGGAUUCUGAUGUGUUCCAUUGACAAUUUGCCGGCACAGCUUCCAAUCGAAGCUACAGAGUACUUUGGAGACAAGCUUUACCCUUACGUUGAAGAAAUGAUAUUAUCCGAUGCAACACAGCCUCUUGAAAGUCAGAAUUUUUCUCCUGUGGUGAGAGAUGCAGUGAUUACAUCCAAUGGUAUAUUGCCUGAUAAGUAUAAAUAUAUCCAGAAACUCCGAGAGAGCAGGGAACAUCCUCAGUCAUUGUCAAUGGGCACCAAGAAAAAGGUCUUGGUCCUUGGAACUGGUUAUGUCUCUGAGCCUGUGUUGGAAUACCUGUCGAGAGAUAAGAACAUAGAAAUAACAGUUGGGUCUGACAUGAGGAGUCAAAUUGAGCAGUUAGGCAAGAAAUAUAACAUCCAUCCUGUUAGCAUGGAGAUUGGUAAAGAAGAACAGAAGUUGGGCUCUUUGGUGGCAAAGCAGGAUCUUGUCAUCAGCUUGUUACCUUAUGUACUGCAUCCUCUUGUGGCCAAGGCUUGCAUCACAAACAAAGUUAACAUGGUCACUGCAAGUUACAUCACACCAGCGCUGAAAGAAUUGGAAAAGAGUGUGCAAGAUGCGGGCAUCACAGUCAUUGGGGAGUUGGGAUUGGAUCCUGGUCUUGAUCACAUGUUGGCAAUGGAAACAAUAGACAAAGCCAAAGAGGCCGGCGCCACGAUUGAAUCUUAUAUUUCCUACUGUGGUGGACUUCCAGCCCCUGAACAUUCAGACAACCCUUUGAGAUACAAAUUUAGCUGGAGCCCUGUGGGAGUGCUGAUGAACAUCAUGCAGUCGGCCACCUACCUGCUUAAUGGAAAGGUUGUGAACGCUGCAGGAGGCAUCGCCUUUCUAGACGCCGUCACGCCCAUGGAUUAUUUCCCAGGGUUAAAUUUGGAAGGCUAUCCUAACAGAGACAGCACAAAAUAUGCCGACAUUUAUGGCAUUCAGUCUGCUCACACUUUGUUGAGGGGGACAUUGAGAUAUAAGGGAUACGCCAAAGCUUUGAAUGGAUUUAUAAAACUGGGCCUUAUUAACAGAGAUCCCUAUCCUGCCCUUCAACCUGAGGCCAAGCCUCUUACCUGGAAAGAACUCCUUUGUGAUCUGGUUGGGAUUUCACCCUCCUCCAGCCAUGAUGUGCUUAAGGAAGCUGUCUUUCAAAAACUAGGAGGAGAUGUUACUCAGUUGGAGGCCACGGAAAGGUUGGGUUUACUUGGGGAUGAACAAGUUCCUCGGGCAGAAUCCAUUGUGGAUGCACUCUCCAAGUAUUUGGCCAUGAAACUUUCCUAUGGCCCUGGCGAGAAAGAUAUGAUUGUGAUGAGAGAUAGCUUUGGAAUCAGACAUCCUUCUGGACAUUUGGAAAAUAAAACUAUUGAUCUUGUGGUUUAUGGGGAUGUGAAUGGCUUUUCAGCAAUGGCUAAAACAGUGGGGUUUCCCACUGCUAUGGCAGCCAAGAUGUUGCUUGAUGGUGAAAUUCGAGCUAAAGGCCUGAUCGGACCCUUUUCGAAGGACAUCUACAGACCAAUAUUGGAGCGAAUUAAAGCAGAAGGCAUUAUAUAUAAUGUGCAGAGCACAAUUAACCCAUAAUUGGGAACAAUACUGUGUUUUUAUCUUCCCAGGUGACAUAGUUCUGAACACUUGUAGAAUAAACAUGUUUGCCAAUGUGCUAUUUUAAAGCAUAAAGCAUGGUAUGUUUUGAUUAAGUUAAUGGAAUAGUGUCUUGAAAUGUAAAUCUCUAUUUUAACUUGAAAGCAACAGUAGCAACUACCAGAGAACUUUAAUCAUUCUAC